GUAGACCGGCGUGCUGCAAACUAGCUCUGGGCGGCGCGAGCUAGGUUGUCUCUUCUUGCUGGGUGCUGAAUGCAGACUUCGGGUGGACGAGGCUGAGGUGACUGCACCUCCUUCUUGAGAGCUUCGGGUUCUCGUAUUUGUCUUCUCUGCCUUCACUCGUUUGUAUCCAGCUCCGGCCUGUCUUUCAAUUUGCUUUGUCCAUAUCUGCACCAGAACCAUUGCUGCUUAGCCUCAACCUAGUAAAACUGACCUUACAAAUGACGUGUUUAAGUCAGACCUGCCAAGAAGCAUGAUUUGAAUGAACUGUAACUCAUACAAGUUUUUCAGUUUAUUUAGCCUAAACUAUCAGAUGUCUGUAAUUGUUUGUGACCUCAGGGGCUCAUGACUCCCAGAGCGGGGAUAAGGUGUGGUGAUCCCAUUACCGUAUAGUUACACAUAUGACAUCGUACAUGUGAAGGGGUCAGAAAUGAGGGACUUUGCCACCAUGCAGCAGAUGACCAAAUUAUUUCUCCGAGCUUUGAAGCAUAGUAUUCCUCACCUUGGGAAAUCCAUGCAGAAACAGAAUUACUGUAACUUCGGCAACCAUUAUUACAAUAGAAUAAGAUUGAAAAAGUAUCACCUGCAGAAUAAAUCCAAGAUAUCAGAAUUAGCAAGAAACGUCCCGAGUCGGAGCUUCUCAUGUAAGGAUCUUCUGCCUAUUAAGCCAGAAGACGAAAAAUCCCAUUCUGAAAGCAUGGAUGCAUUUGAAAAAGUGAGAACAAAAUUGGAAACUCAGCCCCAGGAAGAAUAUGAAAUCAUCAAUGCUGAGAUUAAGCAUGGCGGUUUUGUUUAUUAUCAAGAAGGUUGCUGCUUGGUUCGUUCCAAAGACGAAGAAGCAGACAGUGAUAAUUAUGAAGUCUUGUUCAACCUGGAGGAACUCAAGUUGGACCAACCCUUCAUUGAUUGUAUCAGAGUUGCUCCCGAUGAGAAAUACGUGGCUGCCAAGAUAAGGACUGAGGAUUCAGAAACAUCCACCUGCAUAGUUGUGAAGCUCAGCGAUCAGCCUGUAAUGGAAGCAUCUUUCCCCAACGUGUCCAGUUUUGAAUGGGUGAAGGAUGAGGAAGAUGAAGAUGUCUUAUUCUACACCUUCCAGCGGAACCUUCGCUGCCAUGACGUAUAUCGAGCCACAUUUGGUGACAACAAACGUAACGAGCGUUUCUACACAGAAAAGGACCCAAGCUAUUUUGUUUUCCUUUAUCUUACAAAAGACAGUCGUUUCCUCACCCUCAAUAUUAUGAACAAGAUGACUUCUGAGGUGUGGUUGAUAGACGGCCUGAGCCCUUGGGACCCACCAGUGCUGAUUCAGAAGAGAAUACAUGGGGUCCUUUACUAUGUCGAACAUCGAGAUGAUGAAUUAUACAUCCUCACUAAUGUUGGAGAACCUACAGAAUUCAAGCUGAUGCGAACAGCAGCUGAUGCCCCUGCUAUUAUGAACUGGGAUUUAUUCUUCACAAUGAAGAGAAAUACCAAGGUUGUAGACUUGGACAUGUUUAAGGACCACUGCGUUCUGUUCCUGAAACACAGCAACCUCCUCUACGUUAACGUGAUUGGUCUGGCUGAUGACUCCGUACGCUCUCUCAAGCUCCCUCCUUGGGCCUGUGGAUUCAUAAUGGAGACAAAUUCUGACCCAAAGAACUGCCCCUUUCAGCUUUGCUCGCCAAUACGACCUCCAAAAUAUUACACAUAUAAAUUUGCAGAAGGCAAAUUGUUUGAAGAAACUGGACAUGAAGAUCCAAUUACAAAGACUAGUCGUGUCUUACGCAUGGAAGCCAAAAGCAAGGACGGAAAAUUAGUGCCGAUGACAAUUUUCCACAAAAUGGAUUCUGAAGACUUGCAGAAGAAGCCUCUCUUGGUACAUGUGUAUGGAGCGUAUGGAAUGGAUCUGAAAAUGAAUUUCAGGCCUGAGAGGCGGGUCUUGGUGGACGAUGGCUGGAUCUUAGCGUACUGCCAUGUUAGAGGUGGUGGAGAGUUGGGCCUCCAGUGGCAUGCUGACGGCCGUCUAACUAAAAAACUCAAUGGCCUUGCCGACCUAGAGGCCUGCAUUAAGACGCUUCACAGUCAAGGCUUUUCUCAGCCAAGCCUGACAACUCUGAGUGCUUUCAGUGCUGGAGGAGUGCUCGCGGGAGCACUGUGCAAUGCCAAGCCAGAGCUGCUGCGAGCCGUGACUCUGGAGGCACCUUUCUUGGAUGUCCUCAACACCAUGAUGGACACCACACUUCCUCUGACACUAGAAGAGCUGGAAGAAUGGGGGAAUCCUUCGUCUGAUGAAAAGCACAAGAACUACAUAAAACGCUACUGCCCCUGUCAAAACAUCAAAGCGCAGCAUUACCCCUCGAUUCAUAUCACAGCUUAUGAACACGAUGAGCGAGUACCUCUUAAAGGAAUCGUGAACUACACUGAGAAACUUAAGGAAGCCAUUGCGGAGCACGCCAAGGAAGCAGGUGAAGGCUAUCAGCCGCCCAACAUUAUUUUAGAUGUUCAGCCUGGAGGGAACCAUGUGAUUGAAGAUUCUCACAAAAAGAUUACAGCCCAAAUGAAAUUCCUGUACGAGGAACUCGGACUUGACAGCACCAAUGCUUUCGAGGAUCUUAAAAAAUACCUAAAAUUCUGAAAUGCUGCAUUCAACUGGGAAGUGGAAACACACAGAAAUAACAGUCUGAUUUCCAGCUAGCUUA